AUGAUGGACUUUCUCAGGUAUGUUUUUCGGUACUUUGGACCACCAGAACCAGAUGAAGCACAAUCUAAAAGGGCUGUUUCGACUGUGAAAAAAUUUCAGGACCUAAUACCUGUGUAUAGCAUGGAUGGUAUUUCAAAGUCAUGCAAUAUUAAAUAUUUUCUAAUUAGUUGGACUGUGUUAGGCCGUCUAUUGAGGUACAUUGAAGGAGGUAUUGGAGAGGAAAAGGUCGCAUCACCCAACAAGGCAGCCUGUGCAUCACCACUCAUUGAAAUCAUGGAUUUGGACUGA